CUGGUGAUUGCAUCACCGAAUUUGCCAGCCCACUUUUGCCAGCCCACCACGACCCUUCGAGUCUCUGGACAGCAAAAUCCCCCGCGCAUGCAGCAAAAUGUCCGACUUCGACGACGAGAUGGACAUCGAUGUCCCGCCGUCCAAGGACAUCACCUUCUCAUCCGACACCGCGGCCAAGGGCAAGCGCAGCGCCGCGAACCUGCCCGUCGAGGCCGAGGACAGCCUGCCAUGGGUUGAGAAGUACCGCCCCGUCUCGCUGUCCGACGUCUCGGGCCACCAGGACAUCCUCGCCACCAUCAACAAGUUCGUCGACUCGAACCGGCUCCCCCACCUCCUCUUCUACGGGCCCCCCGGCACCGGCAAGACGUCCACCAUCCUCGCCCUCGCGCGCCGCAUCUACGGGCACCAAAACAUGCGCCAGAUGGUGCUGGAGCUCAACGCGUCCGACGACCGCGGCAUCGAGGUCGUGCGCGAGCACAUCAAGACCUUCGCCUCCACCAAGCAGAUCUUCACCGCUGGCUCGUCGGCCUCGCGGGCGGGCAUCGCCGGGUUCAAGCUCAUCAUCCUCGACGAGGCCGACGCCAUGACCAACACUGCGCAGAUGGCGCUCCGCCGCAUCAUGGAGAAGUACACGGCCAACACGCGCUUCUGCAUCAUCGCCAACUACGCCCACAAGCUCAGCCCCGCCCUGCUGUCGCGGUGCACGCGCUUCCGCUUCAGCCCGCUGCAUGAGCAGGACAUCCGCGUCCUGGUGGACAAGGUGAUCGAGGAGGAGGGCGUCAAGAUCAUGCCCGACGCCGUGGACUCGCUGGUGCGGCUAAGCAAGGGCGACAUGCGCCGCGCGCUGAACGUGUUGCAGGCGUGUCACGCAUCCAGCACGCCGCUCCAACCUCGCGACGGCCCCAAGAUCCCCGAACAGGACAUCGUCCGCGAGACCAUCACAACAGAGACCAUCUACAACUGCGUGGCAGCGCCGCCGCCGGACGCCAUCAAGAAGAUCCUCAGCACGCUACUGAGCACGAGCGACGUCACGUCCUGCCUGUCGACCAUCAACACGCUCAAGGCGGCGCAGGGGCUGGCGCUGGCCGACAUCAUCACCGCGCUGUCGGAGGAGCUGGUCAAGCUGGAGGUGAAGCCGCAGGUCAUGAUCACGUGGCUGGAGACGCUGGCCGACGUGGAGCACAGGGUGUCGAGCGGCGCGAGCGAGGCGAUACAGACGGCGGCGGUGGUCGGGGCGGUGCGGAACGGAGUGGAGUUGAUGGGCUGAGAGGGGGGGCCGCACCUUGGCUGCUGCAACUUUGUUUGCGUCGUCGGGCGUGGUUUGGUGGGAGGAUAAGCGCGAGAGCGCAGCCGCGGCGGAUGGAUUCCGAGCCGGUCGGACUCGGAAACGAGCCUGUCCGCGAGUGGAAUGGGACACAGGCCGCUACAAUGGCGGAAUCAGGCCGC